GCUGACAUCCGGAGACUUGCACGUUUUCUCCUCUACUCUCAGCCUUCGUUCCUCCCUCUUUCCCUCUCCUUCUCUUCCUCAUACUCGCUCGAAGCUCUUGACUCCGUCAUAUACUGCUGUUCCCUCAAAGCAGGGAAUAAGGACGGGGCAGAAGCAGUAUUGGAUUGAUUUGCCCGCGGUGCAGAACGUCAACAGUCCACGCCUGGAUGUGUGUUUGACUUGAAGGUUAAAGAGAGGUUGCUAUGCCAACAGAGCUUGGCUCUGAGUCACAGGUGAAGAAGGCAGCCGAAGAGUCCUCCUGGCAGAAGGGGGCAGCAACAGGCAUGCAGGACUCGGCUUUAGACGCGAAGAUGGCCAAACAGGACCAGGACUCCAAACUGAUCGACGACCACAGGGAAAUAGACGACGUGUCAGAAAAGACCACCCCAAACAAGACCCCCAAGUCCCCCCAGAAGACUUCCAAACGGCCAAAGACUGUUCCCUUCAAGGUCACCCUACUGGACACCUCUGACUAUGAGGCAGGGAUUGAGAAGCACUGCAGAGGACAGGCCUUGCUGGACAUGGUGUGUGAGCACCUCAACCUGCUGGAGAAGGACUACUUUGGCCUGAUGUACAGCGAUGCAGAAAGCCAAAAGAAUUGGUUGGACCCCUCCAAGGAGAUCAAGAAGCAGAUGCGCACUGCUCCCUGGCACUUUGCCUUCUCUGUCAAGUUCUACCCUCCAGACCCCUCCCAGUUGACAGAGGACAUCACCAGGUACUACCUGUGUCUUCAGCUGAGAGAUGACAUGUUGUCAGGCCGUCUGCCCUGCUCCUUCGUGACCCACGCCCUGCUGGGUUCCUACGCCGUGCAGGCCGAGCUGGGAGACUAUGACACCGAUGACCACGGUCCCGACUACGUCAGCGACUUCCGCUUCGCACCCAAUCAGACGCGAGAGCUGGAGGAGAGGGUCAUGGAGCUCCAUCGUAAUUACAGGGGUAUGACGCCAGCUGACGCAGAAAUCAACUUCCUAGAAAAUGCUAAGAAGCUAUCCAUGUAUGGGGUGGAUCUCCAUCAUGCCAAGGAUUCAGAAGGGAUUGACAUCAUGCUGGGCGUAUGUGCCAACGGCCUCCUGAUAUACCGCGACCGCCUGAGGAUCAACCGCUUCGCCUGGCCAAAGAUUCUCAAGAUAUCCUACAAGAGGAGUAACUUCUAUAUCAAGAUCCGGCCCGGAGAGUACGAGCAGUUUGAGAGCACUAUUGGCUUCAAGCUUCCAAACCACCGGGCGGCUAAGAGACUGUGGAAGGUCUGCAUCGAGCACCACACCUUCUUCAGGUUAGUGUCUCCAGAGCCUCCUCCUAAGGGCUUCUUGGUGAUGGGCUCUAAGUUUCGAUACAGUGGCCGAACCCAGGCCCAGACACGGCAGGCCAGCGCUCUCAUAGACCGGCCCGCGCCACACUUUGAACGCUCCACCAGCAAGAGGUACCUGCUGUCCCGCAGUCUGGACGGAGCAGAAUUCUCCCGGCCAGUGUCGGCCAUGUGUGAAAACCAGGAUGGUCUGUCCCAGCACAGUGGCAGUGAACACCCCCACCUCCACAGCCCCUCUGGGGACGAACAGGAGACAGAACUGGAACCACCCAGUUUGGAGCAGGACCAAGAGGAGGAUCAGGAUGAGGAACAGGAUCUAGAGGAAUACCACGACCAAGAGGAGGAUCAGGAUGAGGAACAGGAUCUAGAGGAAUACCACGACCAAGAGGAGGAUGAGGAUGGUGUCCCCACCCCCAGCAAGAAGAAGGAGAUCAAGGAGGAUGCUGGGUCCCCACUUGACAAUAUACAGGAGUUGGACCAGGAGACAACCCUUCGACACAAGGAGUUUUUGGAUAAGUCAGAGGAUGUCUUACUGAAGCACCAGGCCAGUAUCAAUGAGCUGAAGAGAGCCCUGAGGGAGCCCAACAGCAAGCUGAUGAACCGUGAGAAGCGUCUGUCAGGGACGUCACCUGGCGGAACACCCGAGAAGAAAGCUGCGGUGGGCAAGGAAGUAGUAAACAGCUUCUCUGUAGACGGCUUCGUCCAGAAGACUGUGGUGACUUCCCCAGAGGGCUCUGAGGAGUGGGUAUUGAUUGAGAAACAAAAUACUCACCAACACGACUAUAACUGGAAGGUAGAAGAACAGAACGAAGCUUCCACCUCGCCUCCCCCAUUUUUCCCUGAUUCCUCUUGGGAAAGAAAGAAAGAAUUGGAAAAAGACAUAGAAGUGGCCAAGAUGAUUCAUAUUGAGGUUACAGGGGAGGAUGGGCAAGAAAUGAUAACAGAUAUUGAUAACUUUCCAUUGUCCAAAGCCACAAGGGAAGCCCAGGAUGAAUGUUCUGAACCGCGGUUGACUAGCAACAGCCGGUUCGUGGUGGAAUUAGCUGAAACCACAGAAUCUUCUGAAGAGGAUUCACAGUGGAAAGUACCUCCAGCAGAACACACUGGUGCAAAGAAUGACAUAUUCCCAGUGUCAGACCCAGUCUCAAACCAAGCCCCAGCCCCAGUCCCAUUCCGAGACUCUAAGAAGGAUCAUCAACCCAACAGACACAGAAAAAAGAAGAGACCUAAUAGUUUAAACCUGGGAUUGUCAACAGAAUUCAUCUAUGAGAAAGAGGGCGAUGUUUCAAACGCUGAAGAAGACAACGGGGGAUCAGACUGGGAGGAUAGUCCAACAGAGAAGACAAAGGUGGGACAAAUAGAUCACCCUGUGUCCAGAGAGGAGCCAGACGACCAGUGUUGGGUGACGAGUCCACUGAUGAAAGAUGAUGAGAGAUCACCAGAGGCAAAAUGGAAGGAGACAGUGGUGUCUGCAUAUGAAGAUAAGAAGAAGGAGCACAAUACAUCAAUAGGAGAAGACAAGGCGACUCAGGGAAGUGUUGUGGAUGAUCCUGCAGUGUGUGAUGGAAGAGACCAGGUUAAGCACUUCAUCACUGAGGUCCAGCCAGCAGAUGAAGGGCUGAGCUCUGUCAAUGGUCCUGGGAAAACAGAAUGUGAUAGUUUAGCAGAACAGGUUAGAGAACCGGUUAAAGGGUUUCAUCUCACAGAGAGGUGCAUGACUGACAAUAGAGAACACAUAGAAGAGGUCAAGUUGAGGGAGGUCAAGACACACAAGAGACAAGCCAGUAACUCUGGGGGGGAGGAAGUGGAAGGCCUCACAUCAGAGGUCAGGGGUCAGAGAAGGUCUUUACAGACACUAUCAGGCAGCAGUCAGUCAGAAAUAACCAGGAUCGUUCCGCUCAAACCUGAAAGAUCAAAGAGCUUAGCAUGCAAAGAUGAGCAGGACAGAGAGAGUCAGGAGUCAGAGUCUGAGCUGAGUGGUGUUUUUAGAAGAGAGUACAGAUGGUCAGGGGGUUCAUCAGAGGGACCUUCAGACAUCAACUGGAACAACGAGUCCACCUUCUAUCAAACACCCACCCUGCCUACGUCAUUCAUCUCAACCGACGUUAGUCCAGCAAGACGGACCCACUCCCCGACUACCACACAUAGAGACACCCCACAGGAACAGGGCAGCUUCUGGGGUCUGGAAGGCUUGGCAAGAGUUGAGGCUAAAACUGAAGAGCUGGUUCAGCAACAGAGCAGAGCUGACCGUGAUGAUCACUUUCAGACGUCAUUCAUCUCAACCAAUGCUAGUCCAGCAAGACGGACCCACUCCCCGACUACCACACAUAGAGACACCCCACAGGAACAGGGCAGCUUCUGGGGUCUGGAAGGCUUGGCAAGAGUCGAGGCUAAAACUGAAGAGCUGAUUCAUCAACAGAGCAGUGCUGCCUGUGAUGAUCCCUUUCAGGCUGCUAGAGAAGCCAUAGAGAGUCAUCAGUUUCUCAGCUUCAAGGUUUCAGCCUCAGCGCUCCCCAGGACAGUUCCUCCUGCCCCUCCAGUUAAAACACAGAAGGCCAGAGAGUCUGGACUCAUACUCCGGAACAUCAACCGCAAUAUUAGCAGGGAGCCUGGCCUGGAUGCAACCAAGAAGAGACACUCGGAGCCACUCUCCACUCCUGUCAUCUAUGAAGAUACAGUAGAUGAUGCCAAGAGGGAACCCUGGGAGAGGAGGCCUCGGCCGGGCUCCACCUCGGAGGACCACGAACGUGACACUGUGGUCUGCAUGAAAGAGACCCACCUGGGCAUCGAGAGGAAGUGCUCCAGCAUGACGGUCAGCUCCACGUCCAGCCUGGAGGCUGAGGUGGACUUCACCGUCAUCAUGGACCUCCAUACGGGCGUGGAGGAGUUCUCCAAGAGCAUGUCUAAGCUGGGGGAAGGGCUGCCCGAGGUGGGCCAGGACGACUUUGAGGAGACCUCCAGGUUCUAUUCAGCCCGUCUCAUGGUCUCUCAUGACAUGUCCCCCGUAGACGAGAUGCCUCCUGUGCACAAUGAGCCCCCAGUAGCCAGGAAAGACCCCAGUGCUGUUAGCGCUGCCCAGAUGCUGAGGGAGGCCGACGCCAAGAUGGAGACACACACCAAUGGGUCAGAGGUCACCAGCACCAACAUCAUGGACAUUUCAGAGCAGCAAAUGGAGACUGACAUCAACUGUAAUGACACUAAGGUCUCCAGCAGCACUGACGUGGCUCAGCCACCAGAGGGAGUCCUGAACCAGAACCAGGGAGUUGGCAGUAGGAAGGAGGCUCCUCUCCCUAGUAAAGAAAAUUGCUCCCCUGUAAUGUUUGAAGCAGCUGUGCUUAUAAUGAAAGUGACCCUUCUUCCUCCUAAUGACAAUGCUGCAGGUGAAGGCAGGCACCCUGGGGAGAGAGGCUGUAGAGUCCCCCUGAAUGUCACCACUGACAACAUCACAACUCAAGUUACCAAGACAGUGAAAGGUGGCUACUCCGAGACCAGGAUUGAAAAAAGGAUCAUCAUCACAGGAGAUGAUGACGUGGACCAACAUCAGGCCCUUGCGAUGGCGAUACAGGAGGCCAAGCAGCAACACCCUGACAUGCUGGUGACAAAAGCAGUGGUUGUCAGGGAAACAGAGUCUCCCACUGAGGAGCAACAUAGGACAUCUGAGUCCUGAUCGCUCAGUGGUUGCUGGGAGUGGGGACAGGAAAUUACUUGAUCCUCCCGUCAUCUCCAUGACCCCCCCACGGCAACGCCGCAAGAGGGCUACAGCAACCUGCCCACAAUGUAUACUACAAUACAACAGACCGACCACGCUCCCAGAAACAAACCCUGUCUCCUCUACAACACAAUAUGCCUCUUCUCCUGUCCCUUUAACCAAAACCGACUGUGACGCAGCCUCUGACCCACGCUCAACCCCCCCAACCCCCAACCCCUCUUCCUCUGGGAAAUUCCCUUUUCCCUGGGAUUUUUAGAACAUGACCGUUCACACAAAUCUGAGAAAUAGACUGCAGUGUUUAUAUCUCCCCAAGAGGUCUGACAGGAAUUGGGCUAAUAUGUGUUGCCCCAUGUUUAGCCAUGGGAUCUGUGAGAGAUCAAUAUGGUGGUUCUGGUGUUCUACACCCCCAGACAGACUGUACAUGUAUGAACAUAAUGACAUGUUAACGAUUCAUCACCCUUGAUCAAUGUAGUUCAAUUAAAUGAUUAGUGAUGAGGAUGUAAUCCAUCUUGAGUUAAAUCAGAUCAACCGUCCCCCAGAACACAUUGACUUACCUGUAACUACUGGUCAUUUAUUCGCCAGGAAGUCAAUAAUAGUCCAACCUUCAAAAUUGCUCUCAGAAAUGCUCACCAUGGCGAUGCAUGCUCAGUGCUGACAUCAUGCAUGUAGCAUGGGGAUCGGGAAUGGAGUGUGAGGAGAGGGGGUUGGGGGAGGGCUGCUCUGCAGGGGCCUGUGGGAUGGCUAGCCUUUAAUGCUUGUUGUCACCAGUGUGACACAUAUAUAAAACAGCUGUCUUACUAGCUUUUUAAACAUUUGUAACAAUAGAAGAAUCCAAUUUAAAGUCCAGUGUUUGCUUGUUUAAGAAAUAAAUCAAAUAAAUGUAUCGAUUAGCUUCUCAUACUCACAUGCAUGGUUCUACAUAGUUGAGGUAAUGAACGAUGCGAUUACCGACCUGUCUAGGAACAGACGUCCACAGGAAGUGGUCAAGAUGGCAGAACAUUCAGACACAUCUAUAUCUGAAAGAUUCUGUGGAAUAUACUUCUGCAAUGUCUAGACACUGCAUGUCAACCAAAGCUGAUGGGACUAUACUGAUAGGAGAGUCAACUGAAGGAAUACGUGGACAGACACUUCUACAACAUCAAGAGACUAUGAGUUGGGACUCCGCUUAGCAUUCAGGGUAUACUAAUUAUAUAGGCUCUGACUGUCGUUCUCUGGUUAACAACAAACAGAACCCCCCCCAUUCUCCUCAUCAUGUUCUCCUUCCUUCGUCCUGCUGUUAUCAUUUCAGUCUAAAACGCUGGUCAUGUAGGGCAAAAGUCAAAUCACACCCUAUUCACCAUGUAGUGCACUACUUUAGACAAAAUUAGUACACUCUACUGGGAAAAGGUUGUCAUUUGAGACAAAGCCAUAGUAGGACUCUUGAAGCAAAAUGAGCGCUUUUCAUUUAAAGUUUCUAAUUAUUUUAUGAAAUGUGAGGAUAUGUUUUAAAAAAGCUCUUACUUAUUUAUAAGAAUGGUGGUGAAUGUGUUUUUUUUCCUUCCCUAAAAAGUAUGUGUGUGAUUACUUUUUCUGUACCCUCACAGACAAAGCCUGAAUUCUUAAAGUGACAAGUUUAAGCCCAAACUCCAUCCUCUUGGAUAGUUAGACAGGAGAUGAACCAGAACAGUUGGAACCUCUUUUAUGUUACAGAACAGCAAGCAAUGCCUCCAUAACCCUGCCUGGCUUAACCUUGUAUACACUUAGAAAAAAGGGUUAUUCGGCUGUCCCCAUAGGAACACCCUUUUUGGUUCCAGGUUCCAUCCUUUUUGGUUCCUCUUUUGAAAGGGUUCUACAUGGAACCAAAAGUGUUCUUACCUGAAACCAAAAAGGGUUCUUCAAAGGGUUCUUUUAUGGGGACAGCCGAAAAAACACUUUUAGGUCCUAGAUGGCAUCAUUUUUUCUAAGCGUGUACAUGUUCAUAAAUACUCUCUGCAUAAUAUCCUCUUAAGCUAUGCUGAACUGCUGAAUAUACACCAACCAGUCAGUCAGUUUGAGAAAAAAAAACCCCGAUGCUGGAACAAACUGUUGAAUUGACAUACUAUGCAUUGUUCCCUGUGUGGACGAACUAUGAAACAUAACUGAGGAUAACCAGAUUCAUUUUUGGAGCGUCGAUCUGCGCUUAUCAUCUCCGAUGUGAUAUUAAUUAAUUACAGCGGUCAAUUUUUAACUGCUUGUGAGACUUGCAAUAAUUGUCUCUCUGUAGCCACCUGAUGCUAUUGUAAUCCAUUAUCAGUCUACUUAAAGGAGAAAACUGUGAACUGUCUGCAUAUGAAAAGUAUUACCAAAAUGUUCCAAGAUGGAGUUGAAACUAGAAGUUGAGCUCAUCCACACGGAGUCUCCGUGGCCUUGUCACCGUGCUUGUCAAAACGACUCCACUCUCACUACACCCUGAAGUAACAGAGGGGAUCCCUUGGACGUUGUCUUACCUGCUGUAGAGUUGUCUUUGUGAAACAGACAGUCUCAACACGUCUUUUGUAUAUUUUAUUUCAUUUUAUCUGGUCAAAUGACACUGGAUUGUUGUUUAGGCACUUGCUUGUGGUGAUAGGCAGCGACGAUAUUGUUAGAAGUGUGUGGUGUCGCUAUAUUGGACACACACCUCUCAAAAUGAUGACUUGCUAUAUAGACAAUAAGAAAGAAGUUGCCCUUGUAAAGCUGAUGUGCUGUUUUUUAAGGGUGGGAGUCAUAUUGUAUGCAAAUGACCAUAAAUACUUCUAUGUGUGCAUAUAAUUACAAAUAUACCGGAAGAGUGGGAUGAAGUUGUGCUGAUUUCAUAAUAGAGGAUUAACAAAUGUUCUAUGUCUAGACUGCAGACCACUUGUGCGGUCUUAUACAGUGCAAUGGUUAUACUGAUGAUGGGUGCCUUACUGUUGGAUUCACCGCCACUGGAAACCAUGUAAUUGAUUAUUUUGUCUACAUGUGAUCUACUGACAUUUCAGCCAUCCACUCUCCAUGUGGUGAGGUCUCGCCUCUUCCGGAGCCCUGGAUGACAUCACCUUUACUGUCAAAGGUGUGGGCCGUUUGCAGUCUCUUUACCUGCUCAUUAAUGUCCCAUAUAAGGAUUGGGCAAUACUUAUGAUAAGCUAUGAUACUCGUUCAGUGGUAGGAAUAAUAAGAAUUGGAACUAAAAUCCAUUGAAGAGCAGAAAGAUUACAAACACAAGGCCUAAUAGGACAGAACAACUAUGAUUGGCUGAUUCCAUAGACUCGCGUGAAGUACUAUCCGUUCCACUCUUCCUCUUCCAUCCUUCAAUUCACCUCAACCUUUUGCUCUUCAUUCCCCAAGUGUGUGGUGGUGUGUGUUUGCUGUAUUUGCAUUCAAUUUAAAUGGAAAACAUACAUCAAUAAAUGUCUCAUUGCGAUUCA